CCUUCCACUGUUAGUCCUUCAGGUAAAGUCAUAACCAGAUGACAGGAGUUAUCAGGUGAUCAGCCAGGCUAAUGAUGAGAUGCAGAAAGAAAACAAAUCCAGGACAGUGUACAAUAAUAAUAAUAUGAGGUGUUGCUCACCUCAUGUGCUCUUAUAGAAUCUUAACACAUGCCUGCCUCAUGAUGUAGCGUCCAUAUUUUGCUGAGUGUCCUGCAAUAAUGCAGGUUAUUAGUUAAUUUACUUUUGACAGCAAAAAACAAAAUAUUUAAUGUAAAAGUUAUUUACCAGGUGAAUCAGCUCACACGUCACCACGUGUCACAGGACCAGAAUCAGUCGCCUCCUUCAUGAUGUACCGGAAUUUUCCUGACUAUAGAGCGCACCUCAAUAUAAGCCGCACCAACAAAAAAAAGGUUUUCUACAAACACACGCUGCACUCAAAUACAAGCCGCGGCGCAGCAGCCGCAUGCAGGUUUCCGGCGCACAGCACAUGUAUGGCCACAACAUAAGAUAAUUAGAAAGAUGCUACACGGAGGUUUUUCGUUGUUGUUUUAAUUCAACAAAACGAAUUUUAAAAACGGGUGAACGUGCCUGCAAGUUUAGAAAAGAAAACAGCACGGAUAGCGUUAAUAUUUCUGGAUGGUUAUAAAAUAAAAAGAGAACGGACAUGUUAUUACCGGUAAUUUGCAUGCAUGUUUAGAAGAAAAGAACAGCGCUGACACAGCAUUAAUAAGCCCUGGAUGAUAGAAAAUAAAAACUGCACACAAAACAUGCCUGGUUAGUAAAUAAAACACACUUGCCUACAAGAAAAAGUCAUUCGCUCUCAUCUUCCUCUUGCGCACUAAAGCCAUUAAAGUCCUCUUCUUCAGUGUCGGAGUUGAACAGCCUCCGAAGAGCUUCGUCACAUACUUUUUCUGUGGCGAUGUCAGUGUCGCUCUCCGUGUUGCUGUCAUCAUUCCCGGGUGAAGCUGGCUUGAAUGAGUUCUUCCCGCUGCCAUCUCCAGCGCCGAACCAUGGAUUCAUUCAUGCCAAGCUUACAUACGGCAGCACUGUUUCCCUCCUUUACUGCCAGAUCGAUGGCCUUCAACUUAAAGGCGGCAUCAUAUGAACUCAUACAUGUAGUUACCAUGAAGAGGGAGGUAUGGAUUUGAAAAGAAUUCUUCGUCGUGCUGGCUGCUUACAUGUGCUCAAUUAAAACGAGCACUUUCUUCGAUUUUCACUUUUGACUUCCACCUGUUUCACAUUUUGCUAAAGCGCCCCCUGGCAUGUGAAGGAAAAUCUUCAGUGAAGCCGCACCUCAUUAUAAUUAUAUUAUAAGCCGCAUGGUUCAAAGCGUGGGGAAAAAGUACCGCCUUACAGUCCGGUUUAACUGCCACAAUGUAAAUUAUGUCAAUUUGUUUGAUUUAUUGUGUUAUGUAUGUAUCUUAUUUCCCUGGUCUAUUGUUGUUUCUUUGGGGUAGGAACUAAGUUUCAUGCUGUGUUGCGCACGGCCCAUUUUGGGUGACGGAAAGGGAAGUAAAAGAGCAUGUGAAAAGAAGCUGAGCUAUAACCUACGCAGUCACAGGAAUGAAUAAAUAAGCAGUUUAAAGUAAGGGAAAGCUGUAGAGAAGACGAAGAAGAAACCAGCGAAUUACCUUUGUUAAGUUUUGUUCCUGAAGCGGAUUUACUCCCUUAUGGUUACGUGCAGCCAGCGAGUUUGACGGUGGAUUAAUAGUGUCUUGGAGGAGAAGUGUGAAGGAGGAAUAAAUCCAUCAGUGAAUGAAGAACCGUGGUGUCGUCUAUUAACCGGAGGGAGCGAAAGUCAAACUCGAGGCCCAAACAUGCCCUAUCAGCGCAAGUUCGGCAGCUCAUCAAGACGGGAACACAGAUAAGCCACUGUUUAGGCCACACAGGUUCAUAAGGUUUUCAUCAAGAAGUCUAUAAGUCAGACUCUAAAGUUUUGGUCUGAAAAGUGACACAAGAGUUGAAAACUAAGAGGGACUGUGUAUAACCUGGCAGCCACGGUGUUUCACGUAUAUGAAUGUGCACUUAAGUAAGAGAUGUAAGUUCAUGUUCAGUUGAAUAAUAAUAGUUGGCUCUUAAGGAGCAGAAGCACACCUUGUACAUUUGGUAAACAUCCACAGCUUGUAUUUACGGUUCAGUGUCUUUACAAGUUCGGUGUGUGACAGGUUAUAAGAAGAACUCUGUUAAGUGCACUUACUCUGUAAUAUUCUACAUGGAGAGUGACUUUAGUUAGUUAAGCCCCUUAUUUAGCAUUGACAAAUAGUGUUGCAGCUUGCUCUUGUAUGUUGCCUGUGUACAAAUAAUCAAAAUGUCACAUACAAGUAAAGAAGCUCAGGGUGCAGCAGCUGCUCUGGAAGAAGAGACCGAGUUAGAGCAGACAGAUGAAUCAAAUAUCGGGCAAAAUAUAGCACCACCUGAAGUGCCUCGUAGAAGUGAAAGAGCCCGGACAUUAACAGAAAAGGGAAAGGAGUUACAGAAAAAGCAAAUCAAGGGGCUAGUGCUUCGCUUUGACAGCAAAUAUGAGCGAUGGAAAGCUCUAAUUAAAGUAGCUAAAAGAUCUGUGUUAAAACAGGAUCCUAGUGACAUCCUACAAGAACACAUCAUCGGUAUUCAAAGGGAAUUAUCUGAAUUGAACAUUGCUUAUGAUGACUACCGAAAAAUUGAUCAACCAUCCCAUGACAUGCGUCGCAAGAUGGAUAACUGCAUCUCGAUCACCAAGACUGUAUUACAAAAUGCUCAAUUUGAAAUACAGGGUACAGCUGAGGAGUUGAUUUGGCCAGAUCACAGUUCUGUAUUCGCAUCUUCAACUUGCAGUGUUUCACUUUCUGCCUCUAAUGGUUCUAAAGCAUCUUCUAUUCACUCAAAUGUAUCUUCACUUAGAAGACAAGAAGCUGCUGCCGAGUAUGCAGCUACACGGGCUGUACUGCAGAUUAUGACUGAACAAGAGGACCACCAAGAGAAGCUGCAAAAGCUUGAAGUUGAAGAGAGGUUGAUCAUCGCAGACCAAGAAGCAGCCGCAUUAGCUCGUCGUCUUGAAGGAGAAAGAGAAGAAACCGAACGCAAGCUAGAAAGAGAGAAACAAGAGGCCGCUCUCAAAGAAACAGCAAGAAGAGAAUGCUGCAAGAAAGAGGUCUGUUGAGAACCUAAAGAGAGAGCUUGAUCGUUUAGAGAAUUUGAAAAGGAUGAAUGCAGCCAAAGCAAGGCUUCAAGUGUAUGAUGAGAAUGAGCUCAGCCCAGCACAAAGGAAUGCUCCACAGAGCCUAGAUCUACAUGAGGUUAUGCAGCCACGCAACCAAAUGAAAUCUGACAACUGGCACUCACAAUCACCAAAGGAUGCAGUGCCAACACAUGUGGUUCAAGACAGCACAGGAGAGCUUGUGAUAGUCUUAGCUGAGGCUAUAUCAGCAAAUAGGCUACCCAUUCCAGAGCCCACAGUUUUUAAUGGUGAUCCACUCAAGUUUAAUCAUUGGAAAUCAUCCUUCCAAACUCUUAUUGAAAGGAAAAAUAUUUCAAGUUCAGAGAAAAUAUUCUUUCUUCAGAAAUAUGUUGGAGGAGCAGCUAGAGAGGCAUUAGAAGGUUGUUUCCUGAUUGGUUCAGAUACUGCAUAUGUAGCUGCAUGGGGACUGCUCAAUGAGAGAUACGGCCAGCCUUUUAUGAUUGCAAAGGCCUGCCGAGACAAAUUACAUGCCUGGCCAAAAAUAGCGUCAAGAGAGAGCACUGACUUAAGGAAAUUUGUGGAUUUUUUACGCAGUUGUGAAUGUGCCAUGACUCAAAAUGAGUGUCUGCGUAUUCUUGAUGAUGACGUCGAAAAUCAAAGGCUGACAGCCAAGUUGCCUGAUUGGUUAAGCAGCAGAUGGAACCGAAAAGCCACACAGUAUCAGCUGGAGCAUGGGAGGUUCCCAGAUUUCAAGUAUUUCGUAACCUUCCUGACCUUGGAGGCUAGUAUUGCUUGUAACCCUGUUACAUCUUACUAUGCUUUGCGGCAAGGGGAGCAGGAAAGGACAAGAUCUAAACCGCAGAAUGUAGUGACCCCUAAGAGCCAAGCAGCAAGUGCAAGGAUUUUUACCACUAACACCACUGAGAAGAACAUAAGCACAUGUAUGUUCUGUAAGAAAACAGGACAUGUCCUGCACAAGUGUCGUAGACUAACUGCAAGGCCAGUUGCUGACCGAGUGAAGUUCAUUCAAGGUGAGAAACUGUGUUUCGGCUGUUUGAGUCCUGGCCAUCAAUCCAAGAAUUGCAGCAACCGGAUGGUCUGUGACACCUGCUCUAAGCGUCACCCCACAUGCUUACAUGAGGAUUGCUCAAAACAACAAGAAAAUGAUGGGACGAGUUGCAUUAAGGAAAGAACGCUACAAUCGCUGCAAGACACCAUUCAAGAAACCACAUCCAAUAGAGUUGUACAUGAUGGUAACAGUGCUCAGACUUCAGCAAUAGUUCCUGUUUACGCGUCAAUGCCUGGUAAUUCAAAUAAAGAGGUCCUUGUCUAUGCUCUGUUAGAUUCACAAAGUGACUCUUCAUUCAUUCUUGAAGAAGUAGUGGAUGCUCUUGAUGUUAAUGCAGAGCCAGUCAAGUUGAAGCUGUCCACAAUGUCAUCCAAGGAAACAAUUGUACCAUGCAAAAGAAUCAAAGGUUUACAAAUAAGAGGGUUAUCUUCUUCUAAGAAGAUCACAGUGCCAACGGUCUACACUCGUGAAUUCAUACCUGCCAAUCGCACACACAUUCCAACAUCUGAGACAGCAAGGGCAUGGCCUCAUUUAGAGCAUCUUGCAGAACACAUUGCCCCACCGAAGAACUAUGAAAUCGGUCUUCUUAUUGGGUAUAACUGUCCACAAGCACUGAUGCCAAGAGAAGUUGUAUGUGGUGAGGACAACCAGCCCUUUGCACAGAAAACUGACGUAGGCUGGAGCAUAGUAAGCUAUGGUGAUCCAAGUGAAAACUACAGUGAUGCGAUUGGAGUAAGUCACCGCAUCAUUGUAAGGCAAGUGAUUCCUGAACCCAAAGUAACAAGUAAUCUGAAGAGCAACGUUCAUUAUGUCUUCAAAACAAGAAUUAAAGAACUGACUGCUCCAGAAGAUGUACUUAAGGUGCUGGAAUCGGACUUCAGUGAAAGAAUUGGAGAAGAGGCAAAUCUUUCGCAAGAAGAUCUCCAGUUUUUGACCAAAAUGAAAGAAUAA